CUUUUCCUGUAAUUUUACCGGUAGAAUUUUGCCAAUAAAACUAAAACUUAACCUUAAUUCUAACCUCUGAGGUUAGCACAUGUCAACAUUAUUUCCUACAAAACUAAUUCAUUUUCGCGCAACCAAACUCUACAAAACUAUUGGAUUUGUGAUAGAAAACAAAUUGAUGAAACGAACAAGAACGAAUGCAAGAAUUCAACAGCAAAAUACAAUUGAAAAAGAUAAAAAUGAUAAGGAAAAACAAAUUAAGAUCCAAGCUGCUCCAACGGCAACGUUGGAUGAAAAACCAAAACUAAAUUUUAAAUCUUUACAAAGACCAAAUAGUGAGAAUGCAUUUAAUACAAUCUCUAUUGACAUUGCUGCAUCUUUCAAAAAAUUCAAGAGUGAUCAACAAGAAUUGGAAACGGAGAUCAAAAAGAAAGAGAAGUUAAAACCAACCGUGAGUCCUGGCAAAGGAAAGCUGAGAUCUGUCGUAGACUUGCAAAUGAUGAAAGAUGAAUUGAGUUCGUUAGAAGAUCCUCCUGUGACACCUUGGGAGAAGGAAUUAUCUUCAGGAAGACUGCAAUAUAAAUUUUUUGAUGUUCCAUGCGAGGAGUUAGCGCAGAAACUACUAGGAAAGGUGCUUGUAAGACAUCUUGAGAAUGGCACUAUCCUUAAGGGUAGAAUUGUAGAAACCGAAGGAUAUCUGGGUGCAGUUGAUAAGGCAUCGCAUUCCUAUCAAAAUAAAGUUACACCUCGCAAUCUUCCAAUGUACAUGCCACCAGGAACUAUUUACAUUUACAUGACGUAUGGCAUGUACCAUUGCUUCAAUAUUUCUAGUCAAGGUGACGGAUGUGCAGUACUGGUGCGAGCUCUCGAUCCUUUGGAAGGUGUCGAAUGCAUGAGUUAUCAGCGUAGCAUCGCGAAGACGAAGAAAAACGGUUUAAAGCCGCACGAACUGUGCAACGGCCCUUCGAAGCUUUGCAUAGCCUAUCAACUUAACAAGCAGUACAGCAAAUAUUCCAUUUGUACAUGGAAAAGUCUGUGGAUCGAAGACGAUGGCGCUUCGGAGGAUUUUCAGAUCAUAAAGUCCUCCAGAAUCGGAAUUGACAGUUGCGGUGCGGAAUGGGCCAAGAAACCUUUACGGUAUUACAUUUAUAAUAACAAGUCCGUUAGCAAGAGAGACAAAAAAGCAGAAAUGGAGAUUUCUUAAGAAUGAGAUUUUUUAAAGUAUUAUUCGUUCUGUUAGGUUUAUUUUUCAUAUUUUAACAUGAAAAGAUCUACACAUUAAUUUUAAUAGGAUUAUUUCUGUAUCUAAAUUUUGUAAUAAAGCAGAAAAUUGAUAUUUAUUUGAAUGAAACGCCGAAAUGCAUCACGUACGUUGGAAAAUCACAAAAUACAUAAUUUUUUGCUAAAAA